AUGGGACAGAGACUGCUUGAAAGUAAAGAAGGUAGUUUGUGUGGAGAAACUUUGAGUCAGAGUUCAGAUCACAUGCUGAACAGGAAGAGUCCUCCUGGACUAAAACCACGUGAAAACAGUGUGUGUGUAGAAGUCUCUAUUGGUCAUUCGUACCUUCACAGGCACAUCAGAGCUGGAAUGGGACACAAACCGUUUCACUAUGAGGAAUUUGGAAAUAAGCUAUGUACAUAUAAGCAAUGUGAGAAAACCCUCAGUUAUCAUGACUCCUUUCGAACAAACGACUCCUUUCCACCAACUGGAAAGAAACCCUAUGAUUGUCCAGAAUGUGGAAAAACCUUCAUUUCUCUCACAUGCUUUAGAAGACACAUGGUAAUGCACAGUGGAGAUGGACCUUAUAAAUGUAGAUUUUGUGGAAAAGCCUUUGCAUUUCUCAGUUUAUAUCAUAAACAUGAAAGAAUUCACACCGGAGAGAAGCCAUAUAAAUGUAAACACUGUGGUAAAGCUUUCCGUUGCUCCAGUUCCCUUCAACCGCAUGAAAGAACUCACACUGGAGAGAAGCCAUAUGAAUGUAAGAAAUGUGGGAAAGCAUUCAAUUUUUUCACUUCUUUUCGUAGACAUGAAAGGACUCACACAGGAGAGAAACCAUAUGAAUGUAAGGAAUGUGGGAAAGCAUUCAGUUGUCCCAGUUCUGUUCAUAGACAUGAAAAGACACACACUGGAGAAAAACCCUAUGAAUGUGAGCAAUGUGGGAAAGCAUUUUCUCAGUGGAGGAGCAUUCAAUGUCACAUGAGAAUGCACACUGGAGAUAGACCUCACAAAUGUAAAGUGUGUGGGAAAGACUUUUAUUCUCCCAGUUCAUUUCAAAGACAUGAAAGAAGUCACACUGAAGAGAAGCCCUAUGAAUGUAAGCAAUGUGGUAAAGCUUUCAGGUCUGCUGAGUAUAUUCAAAUACAUGAAAGGACUCACACUGGAGAGAAGCCCUAUGAAUGUAAACAAUGUGGGAAAGCCUUCCAUUGUCCCAGUUCAUUGCAAUAUCAUGAAAAGAAUCAUACUAGAGAGAAAAACUAUGAAUGUAACCAUUGUGGUAAAGCCUUCACAUGUUCCACAUACCUUCAUAUACAUGGAAGAGUUCACACUGGAGAGAAGCCCUAUGAAUGUAAAGAAUGUGGGAAAGCCAUCAUUUAUUCCAGUGCCUACCGAAGACAUCAAAGAACUCAUACAAUAAAUAUAUGA